GCGCCACGGCCUUCCUCCAAUGGGGAGGAGGGAGCUGUCAGCGACCGCUCGGGACGGCCGGGCCGCGGGCGGGGCUUUGUCGCUUGUUGUCGUCCGGUGUCUGAGGAGAGGGUCGCUCGCUUGCUCGCUCGCUCGCCCGCCCGGGGAAAUCCAGGUCUCGACCAGCCGCUCGCUCCGUCCCGAUUAGUCGGGGACAUGUCGAGGUGGGCGGAGGCCCGGUGGGCCGGUGUGAGACGGCGGACGGCGGCCGAGGCACACGCGCCCUCCUCGAGCUUUCCCCGGCGAAGCUUUCCUUUACAAACGCCCCGGGACUGAAGGAGCUGUCACCGUGAGGAGCCCCGCCGGGACCGAGUGCAGGAGACACUAGUAGGACAAACAAACUCUGCAGCAGCUGUUGCACGGUGAAUUGCUCCAGAGCCAGAAGCAAAGACAAUGAAGCUGUUGGAGAACUCAAGUUUUGAAGCAAUAAACUCCCAGCUAACUGUGGAGACCGGAGAUGCUCACAUCAUUGGCAGGAUUGAGAGUUACUCGUGCAAGAUGGCUGGCGACGACAAACACAUGUUCAAGCAGUUCUGCCAGGAGGGCCAGCCGCACGUCCUGGAGGCCCUGUCGCCUCCUCAGACCACGGGGAUCAGCCCCAGCAGGCUCAGUAAAAGUCAGAGUGGUGACGAAGAGGGACCCCUGAGUGACAAGUGCAGCCGCAAGACCCUCUUCUAUCUGAUUGCAACGCUCAACGAGUCCUUCCGCCCAGACUACGACUUCAGUGCUGCCAAGAGCCACGAGUUCAGCCGGGAGCCGAGCCUCAACUGGGUGGUGAACGCUGUCAACUGCAGCCUCUUCUCUGCAGUUCGGGAAGAUUUCAAUGCCCUGAAGCCGCACCUGUGGGAUGCUGUGGAUGAAGAGAUUUGUCUUUCAGAGUGUGACAUCUACAGCUACAACCCAGACCUGGAUUCGGACCCCUUCGGAGAGGACGGCAGCCUCUGGUCCUUCAACUACUUCUUCUACAACAAGAGGCUGAAGAGGAUUGUCUUUUUUACCUGUCGUUCCAUCAGCGGGUACACAUACACACGCUCAGAAGCUGGGAAUGAGCUGGAUAUGGAUCUCGGCGAGGAGGACGUGGAGGAGAACAGGGAUGCCCGUGACAAGGAGAGCGGCAGCAUAGAGGAGGAGAGGUUGCAAGUUAUCUGCAUGUGAGUUUCCAGAGCUGCUCCGAGAUGCCUCACGACCCUGCUGAACCGCCUUCCUGCCUGCGUCCGAGGAUGAGGCAGCCCCGAGCUCCCCGACCGGCCCCCGCCCAGCAGCCGUAGCACCGCUCUGCUCGUACGUACACUGGAGUACCCCAGGCAUCUUGGAGCGCAACGCCCGGAAAGCAGCUGCGGCUUCCUGGCUGAAGACACGUCCUCUAGCUCUAGGUGCUGCCAGCAGACGUCCCUCCCGCGUGCCGCCCUCCGCGGCUGCUCUGACUGGCUGGACAGCUGUGUAGGAGCUCCGAGAAGCUUUGCUGCACUUUAUCGCUGAUCUUAUUGGCUGCACUGACCUGCAAACUCCUCGUGGCUCUGAAGCAGGGCUGGGUUCUCCUCAAGCACUUUUCUGUACUGGCUGUGACACAGCAGACUCCGUCCGUCCGUAGCACCAGCAGCAGCAAGGGGGGCGGGGGGGCCCCCGCUGCGCCUCUGCCUGGACCUCCUCCUCCAGAAGUGUUGAACUCCCGUGAACUGCCUGUAGCUUGUUCCCUGGAGAAGAGUCCGUUCGUUUCAAAGAGGUUUGCUUUGCUCCUGCCCGCCCAUGGUGUGUUUUUUAUUUUAUUUUAUUUUUUUAUUAUUUUUUUUGUACUCUUCCCCGGGGGUAUCAGCUUCCUGCACUGGUCCCGAGCGAUUCCCGUGUGCAAGCAGGUCCCAAGAUGCAGCCCCUGUGGGUGAAAGCUGGACUGGGUGUCUCAUCCUCGACCUUUCAUGUUUUUUAAACCACAGACGACUUUUGGCAGCGGCAAAGCCGGAGCAGGGCCGGAGCGCAGCGACGGUGCGGGUCGGCAUGGUGGGCGGCGGCUGCGGCGCUGGGAUCCCGCUCAACCCGGGCCCAGGGCGGCAGAGUUUAUUUUUGUAUCUCGGGUGAGCUGGGACUCGCCGGCUCGGUCGGCCUCGCGCUUUGGUUUAAUUGCAUCUCCCCCCAUUUCCUCCCUCCUCCUCGCCCGGCCUCCGCGGGAGGCGAGUCCCCCCCUCUGCCCCGGCUCCCCGUGUUUCGCAGUGCCGAGUUUUCCCUCCUCCUCCCUUUCGGCAGGCGCCGGGUCGGGGCGGUGAGAGCCCAGCUGGCCCCGGGGGUGCUGGGCGAACCGGAGGCAGCGGCGAGGCCGGCUGCGGAGCGCCAACGCUGCCCGGCUCCCUGCGACGGGUCCCUGCCGCCUCGAGGAGCGAGCGGCUCCGGGGCAGUCCCGGCCCUGCCGCAGGGCCCCGGGUGCCGGCACUGCUCCGUCGCCCUGGUGGGAGGUGGCAGGGGGAGGAGGGCAGAGGGAGGCAGGACGGCGGCCGAGGGUGCUGGCGCGGCUCCUUCCCCCGUGCCGGGAGCUCAGCCCUGGCCACGGCAGCGGCCCGGCGUUGCCCGACGGCAGCUCUGCCCCGCUCCUUUCCCGGGGCGGCGUCUCCCUUCUAGGAACCUCUCCGAGGUUGUUUCGGAGCCGGUUUCCUUGUCCUCGAGGAUGAACUUGAGCCUCCGCUCCCCGGGGCAGCGCUGGCCUGCGGCUCCUGGCCGUGCCCUACCCGGUUUUCCCACCGUAGCUCAGGACGGAAAAGGGGCAGGAGCCCAGGAGCUGGCGGGCGAAGGACCCGCUCCGAGGGCAGCGGUGCAGCGGGCCCGGCCGGGUCAGCGCGGGCGACGAGGCCUGUGGGGCUGGGGGAGCCGCGGGCCUCCCCACCUCCCUCUUCCUCCCCUGCCGGGGGUGGGCGCAGGCUCUGGCCCUUCCCUCUCUCCCUCUGCCCCUGCCCGGGCGCUGCUGUGGCUGGCUUCAUGGUUUAACCCCCCGGCGUGGGACUUUGCGGCGUAGCGAUGUAUCAUUACACCAAUAAAGUUUUUCUGUGA